AUGUACUAUUUACCAUUGCUUUUCAAGCUGCACGCAGAACUGAACAAGAGAGUGGCAAAGAACCUCAUCCUGUUCCUCGGUGACGGCAUGAGCAUCACGACACUCGCUGCGACCAGAUCUUAUCUCGGCCAGAAAUAUGGCCAUUACGGGGAAGAAAUCAAGCUGAGUUUCGAAGUUUUUCCUUUUACCGGAUUGGCUAAGACAUACUGCGUAAACAGCAAUGUAGCCGAUUCAGCCUGCAGCGGCACAGCAUAUCUCUCGGGUGUAAAGGCGAACAUCGGGACUGUGGGCCUCAGUGCGGCUGUUCAACAUGGAGACUGUAAGAGCCAGAAGGACGGCCUGCAUUCUGUCACAGGACUUAUGGACUGGGCUCAAAAAGCAGCUAAGGCCACUGGUUUAGUAACAACAACGAGAGUAACUCAUGCGACGCCCGCAGCUGCGUACGCACACUCGGCAGACCGGAAAUGGGAAGCCGAUGUCGAUUUAAAGGAUACUCAGUGCGACGAUAUUGCCAAGCAGUUGGUGAGAGGGCGCGUUGGUAGCAAUAUUGAUAUCGUUCUUGGUGGUGGUAGAAACAACUUUCUACCUACAAAAUACAAAGACGAUCAAGGCUAUGCUGGUCGUAGAAAAGACGGCGCAAAUCUCAUCGAAGAAUGGAUCAAAGCAAAGAAUUCUUUAAAAAAAUCCCCACUUUUUGUCUACAACAAAAAACAAUUAUUAGAAAUUGAUGACAAAAAAUACAAUAGUGUACUAGGACUAUUUUCAGCCGAUCACAUGCCGUAUCAUUUGGACUCCCCUGAUGAUUAUCCUACGUUAACCGAAAUGACGACCAAAGCAAUAAAGAUGCUGUCGUCGAAUGACAACGGAUUCUUUUUGUUCGUUGAAGGAGGUAAAAUAGAUAUGGCCCAUCACGAGACUAAAGCUAGAAAAGCAUUAGAUGAGACAGCUGAGUUUGCAAAGGCAGUAGAAGCCGCUUUAAAAAUGGUAGAUCCACUUAACACUCUGAUUGUAGUUACAUCAGAUCACAGUCAUACUAUGACGUAUAGUGGCUAUAAUAAGCGGGGAUCAGAUAUACUUGGAUUAUCCAGGAGUAAUGGAACAGAUAAACUGCCGUACACAACUCUGAGCUACGCGAACGGACCUGGUUAUAAGAUACCUAACAAUUCUCAAAGACAUAACCUUCUUCUGGAUAAUUUAAAACAUGUAAACUACACGUAUCCUUCUCUCGUGCCGUUAUAUCGUGAGACUCAUGGAGGAGAAGACGUGGCUGUUUUCGCAAAGGGACCAUGGUCGCACCUGUUCUCUGGCAACUAUGAACAGAAUUUCAUUCCCCAUGCUAUUGCGUAUGCUGCGUGUAUAGGACCUGGGUUGACCUUAUGUAAUUCGGACUUUACAACUUGAAAUGUGGAAUGAAAACUAAUCAUUUACAUUACUAUAACAAGUAGUGUAAUUACAAUGAAGUAAUCUCCAUGAACGUUUGUUGUAUUGUUAUAAAUACAUUCGCAUUAAAUUACAUGGAACUAGUGGGAAUAAAUAUGAUAUUUAAGGGCUACAAUAGUUUCACGUCGAACUGAGUACCUGGAAUCCUGGGAAUAAAGGAA